AUACAGUCAAAACUGCCAUAGUGACCCACUGUAUUCAGCGACUUCCUGUCUUAUGUGACCCUAUUUGGGUCCGCCCAACGAUUUUGGCUAUAAAGUUGCACUGUAUUAAACGACUCACCGUGUUACGUGACUAGCGACCGUGAUUUGAACGGUCCGGAACGGGCUAAGCACUGUUUUUAGCGACUAUGUUAUGAAAGACAACUCUGUUCGUACUUCCUGUUUCGUUGAAAAAAAAAUGUCGGAAAGAAAGAAAACACGUAUUGUUUUAGAUCUUCAACAGAAAUAUGAAGCCUUACAAAAAUUGGAUAAAGGAAUACCGGCGUAUAAAGUGGCAGAAGAACUUUGUGUUGGAAAAACACAAAUCCAAAACCUUCGUAAACGUAAAUUGGAAGUAAUUUCGGACUUUGAAAAUAAUGUUCCGUUGAAUUCUAAACGUCGGAGACAUGCAACUGGUAACGAGAAAAUCAAUGACUUAACCUUGACUUGGUUUCAGGAUGCAGUGAAAAGAAAAAUUGUGGUUACAGGUCCUUUGUUAAAAACAAAAGCAUUAGACUUUGCAUCCAAAUUAAAUAUUUUUGAAUUUAAAGCAUCAAAUGGUUGGCUAGAAAGCUUCAUUAAGCGCAACAAUAUUUCUUUCGGAAGCAUGAGUGGUGAAAGGGGUGACGUCAAGCAGCAUACAGUGAAUGAAUGGAAAUCUCGACUUCCAGAUCUGUGUAAAGACUAUUCUGCUGAUAACAUUUUUAAUAUGGAUGAAACAGGGUUGUUUUUUCUGGAUACAUCAAGAAAAACUUUCCAUUUUAAAGGUGAUGAUUGUUCCGGCGGUAAACGAUCAAAAGAGAGGAUAACAGUUGCUCUCUGUGCCAGUUUAACUGGUGAAAAGUUAAAGCCCCUUGUCAUAGGCAAAUCAAAGGAGCCUAGAUGUUUUAAAAGAAUUAGGAAAGAACAUUUACCUGUUGAUUAUUAUUUUAACAAAAAAGCUUGGAUGACUGGUAAAAUUUACCAAGACUUUCUCAAAAAUGUUAAUCGGAAAAUGAAAAUGGAUAAAAGAAAGAUUCUUCUGUUUGUUGAUAAUGCCCCGUCACACCCAAAUAUGGAUCUGAGCAACGUCAAGGUCCAGUUCCUGCCACCUAAUACCACUUCCCUUACUCAACCAAUGGAUCAGGGAAUAAUCCAGGCUACAAAACUCAAAAUAAGGAAACGUCAGCUUAUUCACAUUGUGAAAGAAAUGGACAGGCAGCCCAGCUUAGGAGGAACUGAGUUACUGAAACAAAUCAGUAUCCUAGAUGCAAUCUACUGGCUUUCAAAUGCUUGGGAUGAAGUGACAGAAUUAACAAUUCAAAAGUGCUUUAAAAAAUCAGGGUUUGCAAAUGAUUUUAGUAAAAUCGAUCAAAAUGAAUCAGUAUGUGCAAGUGAUGAAAUUGAAAUUGGUAGUAACACACUAGGUAUUGAGCAACAACAUCAAGAUGUUAUGGAUGAUGAUGAUGAUGAUGUUCCACUGUCUGCCCUAAAAAUGUCAUAUGAAAUUUUUGGGUGCUCGUUCAAUGAUUUGCUACAAAUUGAUAAUCAGCUUCACACUUGUGAUACAGAAAGUAUUAAUUGGGACAAACCUGUAUGUGACAUAUUGACUCAAAUAAAUGAGGAAAAUUCUGAUGACAGUGAAGAUGAAAUUGAAGAGAUGGAUGACGCUCAAGGGUCUGUCAUGCAAAAUGCUCCAUCACUGACCCAAGCAAAUGAAAUGGUGUUUCAACUGAAAUCUUAUGCAUUGCAACAUGGACAUGCCAGUAUAAUGUACCAUUUGUCAAAACUAGAGGAUGAAUUUUCAAGUCUAGUUGCAAGCAAAAGUAAACAGUCAAAAAUAAGUGAUUUUUUCAAUAGGACAACUUAAAUGAAAGACAGACUGUGAUUCUGGCAUUAUUUUAUUAGUUUCAUAAUCAUGAAUUUUAAAUAUCAAUAACAUUGUAAAUGUAUAAAUUUUUAACAUGGUAAAGAAACAAUAUAAUUCUGACAUUUUAAUAAUUUUAUUUAAUAUAUUAACAUUAAUUUUUAAUAAUCAAUUUUACAAUCAAAUAUUCAAUAGCAAUUUACAUGUAUACAAAUUUAACUGUACACACUUUUACUGCUCUUAUCAUAAAUAAAUGUUUUAACACUAAACGUUUAUGCUGUAUUAGUAUUAUUUUAAUAGUGUUUGGAUGUUUUACUGUAAACCUGUAUUAAGAGACUCCCUGUCUUAUGUGACCUUCUGAAGAAAGUCCCCUGUAGGGUCACAUAAGACAGUUUUGAC